AUGGAAGUUCUUACAAUGAAAAUGGACAAUCUAUCUAAGUUUGUCAACAUGGUACACCAAUCGCCACCUAUUUAUGAAGGCAGUGGAGCGGAUCAUGAUAGUACACACUGCCCUUUAACGUCUACACAUGCUAAUCAAUUCAAAGAAGUAAACUACGCACAGAACUUUCAAAGACAGCAAAAUAAUCCUUUCUCUAACACAUAUAAUCCGGACAAAGCCACUGAGGAAAAUCAAGUUGAGUCAUCAGAUAGUCCACAGGUGAAAGCAACUACUCCUAUCAAAGCAUAUGUUCUUUCAAUCCCAUUUCCACAGAGAUUGCAAAAACAUAAGCUUGACAACUACGCCAAGUUCAUGAAAGAUAUUCUAUCAAAUAAGAGAAAGCUGGAGGACAAUGAAACAGUUAUGCUUACUGAGGAGUGUAGCGCAAUUUUCCAACACAAAUUACCACCGAAGUUAAAAGAUCCAGGGAGUUUUACUAUUCCUUGUAACAUUGGUUUGGGGAAGGCAAAAUCGACUACAGUCUCAUUGCAAUUGGCUGACAGGUCGAUCAAGCACCCUCGAUGUAUUUGUGAAGAUAUUUUGGCAAAGGAAGAUAGGGACGUCCCCCUAAUAUUGGGUCGCCCAUUUUUUGCUACGAGAAGGGCUCUGAUAAAUGUGCAAAAUCGUCAGUUGAUACUGAGGUUAAAUGAAGAAGAACUGACAAUCAACGUGUUUAGAGCUUUCAGAUUUCAGAGUGAACUGGAUUCUUGCAUGCAGAUUGAUGUAAUAAAAGAAGUGGUGUCAGAGACAUUCAAACUAGAUCGCCCUCAGGAUCCGCUUGAGGCUUGUUUAGUGCAUUCACAGUAUUUACCAUCAGAAAAGGAGGAAGUAGAAGAAUUUGCAUGUUAUUUGACAACCAUACCACCAUUCUUCAAGCAACCACGACUGGAGCGCGGUGGAAGACCCAAAACACCUUUACCAUCUAUACAGCAAGCUCUGGCUCUUGAACUCAAACAACUGCCCACUCAUCUUCAUUAUGCGUAUUUGGGGAAAAAGAAUUCACUUUCAGUAAUUAUCUAG